AUGCUUAACAUGGGAACAAAGUUUAGAACAGCAGUUAUUUUCCUUUUUCUUUCAUCCGUCCUUCUUCAGCUGGUGUUUUCUGAAUCCAACGAUGGAAUCGUUAGAAUUGGACUGAAAAAGUUUAAGUUAGAUGAAAACAACAGGAUCGCUGCUCGAUUUACCCCGCAAAUACUGGAUUCUAAAAUUGAUGGCGUCAGUGUAAGGCUAAAGAAUUACGAGAACAUGCAGUACUAUGGUGAGAUGUCAAUCGGUACACCGCCACAGAAAUUCAAAGUGAUUUUUGAUACAGGAAGCUCUAAUUUGUGGAUACAUUCCUCAGAGGAGUCCUACUUUUCCCUUGCAUAUUAUUUUCAUUCCAAAUACUAUUCAUGUCGAUCAAGAACAUAUAAAGUGAACAGAACAUCUGCUAGGAUAGACUAUAGUUCAGGUUCAAUAUCUGGCCACUUUAGCCAAGACAAUGUUUUAGUUGGUGGUUUAACAAUUAAGAAUCAGAACUUCAUUGAAGCAACAACACUGUCCGGUUAUGUGUAUGUGUUUGCCAAGUUUGAUGGCGUUCUUGGCCUUGGAUUUCAGGAGAUAUCAAUUGAAGGUGCUGUUCCAAUAUGGUACAACUUGAUGAAUCAAGGUCUGAUUCGGAAUCCAGUGUUCUCAUUUUGGCUUAAUAGAAAAAAAGAAGAAGAGAAAGGAGGUGAACUUGUGUUUGGUGGGUUUGAUUCAAGACAUUACACGGGGAGCCAUACUUAUGUCCCUGUGAUCCGCAAGGGUUAUUGGCAGUUUGAUAUGGGUGAUGUCUCCGUCAACGGUAAGCCAAUAGGUGUUUCUGGUUUUUCUGUAAUGGCGGAUUCUGGAACUUCUUUGUUGUUAGGUCCAACUGUUGUGAUUACCAUGUUAAAUCAUGAAAUUGGUGUCGACAGAGUAGAUAACCCUAAAUGCAAGUCAAUUGUAAGAGUGUAUGGACAAAUCAUUCUGACCAUGCUCCUAAUAAGGGAGAAACUUCAAAAAAUUUGUUCCCUAAUUGGAUUAUGCGGAGUUGAUGUUAAUGAUAUCUCUAUGUGUAAUACUUGUGAAAUUAUAGUUGUGUGGAUGGAGAGUCAGCAUAAGAGGAAUCAAAUAAAUGAUGUUAUUUUAAACUAUGUUGAUGAGCUAUGUGAUUCGAUGCCAAUACCAAAUCAACAAUCAAAUGUGGAUUGUUUGCGAAUUUCCUCAAUGCCUAUAGUUUCGUUUUUAAUUGGUGGUAGAAAUUUUACACUCUCGCCUAAGGAGUAUGUAUUGAUAACUGGAAGAAGUUGCAUGAGUGGCUUUAGAUCCCAAGAGUUUCCUCCUCACCGCGAACCUUUAUGGAUUUUGGGGGACAUAUUCAUGGGUCGUUACCAUUCAGUAUUUGACUAUGGAAGAUUGAGAGUUGGAUUUGCAGAUGCAGCAUAAUAAUAAUAAUAAUAAUA